AUGCUCCGAGAUCAAAUGAAAGAACAUCAAGAAAGGGUAGACAAAAUACCGGGCGCCCCAAAACUCUUACCAAAAAGUGACACCGGCCGGUUUGUCGAGCAAUCGUACAGUGAUGAAGCUACACUGCAUACCAUACCUAAGACCUUCAAAAUGCCUCUAUACCUAAAAAUAUACGACGUCACGACAGACCCUGAGGAUCGUGUAACUCACUAUGUCACUGCAGUAAAAGGCAACGACCUCGCCAAAGAGCAAGUACCCUCCAUCUUAUUGAAAAUGUUUGGUGAAACCCUCACCGGAGGCACGUUAACUUGGUAUUCACAACUACCUGCGCGCUCAAUUGAAACAUUCGAGGAGAUGGAUGACAAGUUUGUAAUGGCCCAUGCCCGAGCCAUGAAGGCAGAGGCAAGAGUAAAUGAUAUAUUUGCCAUCAAACAAUCACCCGGAGAGGGACUGAGGGACUUCCUUGCUCAAUUUAAUCGCGUAAGGAUGACCUUAACAAAUGUAUCGGAAGGAAUGGGCGUGGCAACUUUCCAGAAUAGGUUGAAUAGAAGCGGUUCAAGGGCGACCAGAAAGCUACUGAGUCGGCUCAUGAAAUAUCCCCCAACUACUUGGGACGAAAUACACAAUGCCUGUUGCGCCAAAGUCCCCGACCCAACUGAGAAAGACAUCAACCAUACGUCAGAGGCGCCUUCAUACCGCCAUCCUGCCAUGACGAAAGCCCAUCCAAGCCAAGAACAAGGACUCACCAAACGAGAGAGGUAUUUCCCCUUAUUAUAUGCUAACAACUUUUGUAAUUUGCCUUCCGAAAUAGAAUAUGUAUUGGAGAAGCUCGGUCCAAAAGUGAAGCGGCCACAGAAGAUGAGGUCCGACCCAAGCACCAGGAAGUCAAACGCCCUCUGUGAGUUCUGUCAGGAACGAGGUCAUAAGACCGAGGACUGCAUUGCCCUAAGGCAAGAUGUCGUAAACAUGCUUCACCAGGGGCACUUGAAAGAGCUAAUGAGCGACUGA